AUGUCGCGUCGCAGCGUGCCAGGGGGCAUGACGGCGGAUCAGAAGAUGCGAGCUGUUAGGAAAGGCUGGAACGACCUGGACACGUACCAGGUCCGGACGCUGGCGUUGAGCCCAGGCGAGAGGGGCUGCGCCAUGUCGCACAUAAGGGCCUGGAGGCACUGCCUGGAGCUCGCUGGCGGUGGCAACAGGCCCCUGCUGGUGCUGGAGGACGACGCGGCGCCGACGGCCGACUUCGCGGACACGCUGCCGCGCGCACUCCGGGCCUUGCCCGGCGACGCACACGUUCUCUACUUGGGGUACAGUCAGGCCGCCGACUGGAAGCGGGAGGUGUCCCCGGAGUUGGUGGAGUCGGAGUACGUCUGGACGACGGUGGCGUACGUCAUUUGGCCAGCAGGCGCUCGCAUCCUCCUGGACCAGCUGCCAGUCAAUGAGCCCGUCGACAAUUGGAUGGCCGCGGCGUGCGCUUCUGGCAGCAUCAAGUCGUACUGCGUGCGCCCGAAGAUUGUGCACCAGGCGGACGCCUGGAACGUCAACUCGGACGUGGCGCACUCCGACGAGCACUACUGGGGUCCGUGCUCCGACAUUCUCCACUCGGACGCUCUCUAUUGGGGGCCCGACGACCUCAGGGGCGAGGCUGACCGCCAGCUCGUGCCCAGCACCAGCCUCUGGGACGCCAGCUCCGAGGACUCGGACGAGUCCCCCGAGGGGCCGUGA